AUGUUUCAGCUGGCGUCUUGCCCAGUUGCCAGCGAAACUCGAUAUCGAAAACCUGCCAAAGUCUCCUACAACAUACCGAGGCUUGAGGAGUGUUGCCGUCGGGAACUUGGAAGUGAACGGCUCGGCGAGAUCUGCGAGGGAGCCGUGUCGGAUACCGGACCUUCGGUGCCCUCGGAUCACCGCAACUUGAACCUACUCAACAACUAUAUCAAGUGCCAUAGGGAAUCGACAAAACUGGCGUCAGGUCGGAAUUUCAAGACCGUUAUCGGCAAUUUAAGAUUUUACUGCAAUCAAAAGACCAUGUCACCACUUCCCAAACAUGAAUACGAUUACGACUUGUUGGUCAUCGGCGGAGGCUCUGGUGGUCUAGGCUGUGCAAGACGUGCAGCCCAAUAUGGUGCCAAAGUCGGGAUAAUCGAGAGAACUCCGGUCUUGGGUGGCACGUGUGUCAAUGUUGGAUGCGUCCCCAAAAAGGUAAUGUGGCAUGCUGCCGACGUUCGAGAGAAGAUGAGAGCGGCCGUACAUUAUUGUCAGACACCUGAAAGCACGAAACUACCAGAGGUGGAUUGGUUGAAGCUGAAAGAGAAGCGGGAUGGGUAUAUCACUCGAUUGAAUGGGAUUUACGAACGUAAUGUGAAGAAUGACAAGGUGGACUAUCUAAGUGGACACGCGAGUUUUAUCGAUCGAAACACACUGGAGAUCUCUCAAGGGGUUCAAUCCACUCACUUCCAUGCGCAAGCUCAGUCGGAUCUCUCGGUGGCUCCGAAAGAAGGCACCCGACGAUUGACGGCCGAGAAGAUUGUGAUUGCCGUUGGGGGUAGGCCGGUCUUACCGGAGAUCGAAGGCGCCGAGCUGGGGAUCGACUCUGACGGCUUCUUCGCUCUCGAAGCACUCCCCAAACGGGUGGCCGUCGUUGGCGCUGGCUAUAUCGCCGUCGAGCUCGCAGGGAUCUUUCAUGCGAUGGGCGCGGAGACUCACCUGAUCGUCAGACAGAACCAACCACUGAGGACGUUUGAUUCGAUCAUCAGGGACACUCUCACCGACCACAUGGAACAUAUCGGGAUCCAGAUUCAUAAGCACUCAGAGGUCAUCAAACUCUCGACGAGCGAAAAGGGGCCAUACAACCUAGCCAAACCGUUCCCGAAGACGAUCGAAACCUCUCGCGGUGAGAAGAUCGAAGUGGAUUGUGUACUCUUUGCGAUCGGCCGGAAACCGUUAUCAGAUCUGGUUGGAUGUGACAAAGCGGGUGUCGGAUUGGAUUCCAAGGGCAACGUGAUCGUCGACGAAUAUCAGAAGACUAAUGUCGAUAACAUCUUCGCGAUCGGAGAUGUCCAGGGGAAAGCCUUACUAACUCCGGUGGCUCUUGCGGCUGGAAGGAGACUUAGUAAUCGAUUGUACGGUGGAGUGAAGGAUGAUAAGAUUAGCUAUGAAAAUGUUGCCACCGUUGUGUUCUCUCAUCCACCCUGUGCGACGGUUGGCUUGACCGAAGAAGAAGCCCAUGAGAAAUAUGGGAAAGAGUCGAUCAAGGUCUAUCAAUCGAAGUUCAAGGCGAUGUACUACUCGAUGAUGCCCGAGGAAGAAAAAGAACCGACGGGGAUGAAGCUAGUUUGUUGGGGCCCGGAUGAGAAGAUCGUCGGGAUCCAUAUGAUUGGACUCGGGACGGAUGAAAUCAUCCAAGGCUUUGCUGUGGCUGUCAAGAUGGGUGCGCUCAAGAAAGAUUUUGACGAUACGAUUGCGAUCCAUCCCACUAGUGGUGAAGAACUUGUGACGAUGAGAUAGGAAGGAAACUUCCCCGAGUUUUACUAUGCUUCAUUGGAAACGCAAGCCCUGUUUGAAUUUGAUGUUGAUAUGUAGUUUGGAAGGCAAUCAAGAGGAUAGUUAAUUAGAUCAGAUGAAACGCAGAUUUAUGGACAAAUCCACGAGUUGUAUUUUUUUUUCUCCUCUCCGCUUGAAUAUAAUUAGAGAUAUUAUGUAGGAGAUGUGUUAAUGUUCGACUCCAGGAAAUUAAAUUGUAUCAAUCCGAUGUUGCCUCUUAAAUAAUUAAGUUGCAAAUUGUAUGUAUACAAUAGGAGGGUGUUGAUGUACAUGAUUACGUAAGCCCGGCCCCC